CUAUGUGUGCUCCAAAAGUUACAAUUAUGUGCAGGAACCAGGGCAGGAGAACAUAAAGGCAACGACGAAGAGCGGUCGCCGCAUGCUGCUCGCCCACUCGACCUUUGACUGACAGCUGAGGCACCAGCCGGGAAAUUCGAGUCAGUUUACCGAACCGAUUCUGGCUAACUGUUCGUCUCGGUGAAUCGAACGUCCGAUUCACUGAUUCCUUGAUUCAAAGCCGUCAAUUUUGGCCACAUCUUCAUAUACACUGGUAUUCGGACCGGUCAGAGUCUAAUGUGUACAACGAUUGGACCAAGUCAACUUCUCAUCCCCUCCAGAUAUGAUAAUGCUCGAUUCAGAGCAGACAAAAAGGUCGAUUCAGUUUGACUUGAGAAUCGGCUCAUUCGGUUUAAUUAAACGAAUCGAUUCAAAGGGAUUCGAUUCCUUCUGCUAGCAGGAGAAGGAAAAGCAGCGACAGCCGAGAGAAACGGGCUGCUACAGCUUUCUCACAGCCAGCCAGGCGGGCAGCCGCAUGAUGGCCUCUCACAGCAGUACCGGCCCUAUGGUCAUGCUGGCCCCCAAAACCAAGACCAAAAAGAAGCAUUUUGUCCAGCAGAAGGUGAAAGUCUUCCGGGCCAGCGACCCGGUGCUCAGCGUCUUUAUGUGGGGUGUGAAUCAUUCGAUAAAUGACCUAAACCAAGUUCCAGUUCCAGUCAUGCUUCUCCCAGAUGACUUUAAAGCCAACACCAAAAUCAAAGUCAACAACCAUCUCUUCAACAAGGAGAAUCUGCCUGGACAUUUUAAAUUCAAGGAAUACUGUCCUCAAGUCUUCAGGAACCUGCGAGAGCGAUUUGGCAUUGAAGAUCUGGACUACCAGGUGUCCCUCACCCGCAGUCCACCUGUGAAGGGGGAGGGGCAGGGCGAGGGUCUCUUCACUUCGUAUGACCGUACUCUAGUGAUCAAGCAGAUCUCCAGUGAGGAUGUAGCAGACAUGCACAGCAUCCUGUCUGAAUAUCACCAGCACAUAGUGAAGUGUCAUGGCAGCACACUUCUCCCCCAGUUUUUGGGCAUGUACCGCGUCAGUGUGGAGAGUGAGGACACCUACCUCAUCGUCAUGAGGAACAUGUUCAGCCACCGACUUGUCGUCCACAGGAAAUACGAUCUAAAGGGUUCCUUGGUAUCACGUGAGGCCAGUGAUAAAGAGAAGGUAAAAGAGUUACCGACCUUCAAGGACGUGGAUUUCAGGAACAACAUGCAAAAGGUGUACGUGACAGAGGAGCAGAAGGAAAAGAUCAUGGAGAAACUGAACAGAGAUGUGGAGUUCCUAGUGAAACUGAAGAUAAUGGACUACAGCCUGCUGCUGGGCAUCCAUGACGUGGGGCGGGCCGAACGUGAGGAAGAGGAGGGUGAGGAGCCCAGCUGUGAGGAUGAAGGAGAGUCAGAGAAUGGUCUCAAUCCAGCUCCGCAAGUGGGCUCCUUCGGCACGUCCCCCGAGGGCAUUGCAGGCUACAUGAACUCCUUCAAACCGCUGGGUCCUGGGGAGUUUGACCCGUAUGUGGAUGUGUAUGCUGUCAAAAGUGCUCCAGGAGCACCGCAGAGGGAAGUGUACUUCAUGGGCCUCAUUGACGUGUUGACGCAGUAUGAUACCAAGAAGAAAGCUGCACACGCUGCGAAGACUGUUAAACAUGGGGCCGGUGCAGAAAUAUCCACUGUUCAUCCAGAACAGUACGCCAAACGAUUCCGUGACUUCAUCUCCACUAUUUUUGCGUAGCAUCACCAGUGUACAGUCACUGGGGUGAAAAGGAUUCCUGCUGUAUCUUUCCAUGUUGCUCAGCUUGAGUAUCUCUCCAAUGGUUUUGUAUAUAUAUAUUUUACAAAAGCUGGCAUGAUUCCAUAAGCACACUAGAUAAGCAAGACAUUUUUAAGAUGAGCUCAAACAUUAUGAUCAAUGUGAUGUAAAUCAUGUGCAUAUUUAUUGGUGAAUAGGGUAAGAUGAGACUGAAAUCAUCUUGUAAUAUCUUGUAUCUCUCAUUGAGGGUAAAAAAAAGGGGACACUACUUAAUCUGCUCUUUCUCUGAAGAGAUGUGACUGAACCUGUAGCAGUUCCACAUUUUACACACUAAACCUCCUGUGUGAGCUUUUUGUCUCUCUCUCUUCUCCGGAGUGGAGGAGGGAAACUGCCUUAGCUUGUUAUUAUCAGUGUGAACAGAACAAACGCAUAGAAUUCCGCUGUACUCUGUAGCGCACUGCUUUUAGCAGCUUUGCUGUCUUUAAGCUGCACUAGAACAGUGAUUAACAUUCAGACUGGUUAUCCGCCUUUAGGUGUCUGGGGGGGGAUAAAAAAGCAAUAUUUUGAAUGUUGAAUAUUUGUACCAAUGCCUAGAGUACAGAGUCCCAACAUGUUUUCUAGCUAUUUUAUGCAAUUUAGCUUUAAGACUGAGAAGAGACAUUUUGUAGCUUAGAGAAUAGAGGCUGUUAAGCUCAAUUAGGAUCUCAUGCCUUAUUGUUGCAUUUUAUUUAUAUUGCAAAUCAGUGUUUGGACCAAAUAUAUUUUUCAAAGGUUUUCAGAAA